AUUUCACGCUGUUAUUCAAUAACACUUGUUGGAGCUCCACCAUGAAGUCCAGGAGAGGAAAUUAAAGCAUUACUCGUUGUUUUUGGAUUGAAAGACUGGGCAAGCGGCUCUGGGAGGAUGUCUCAGAUGCUGAGGCUUCUCUCGGCGGCCGGUCUGCCUCUCUGCCGGGCUGGAGGAGCCCGGGCUCGGCUCUCUGCGGUGACCGCAGGAUGGCUCCUCACAGCCGGGUACCGGAGCUCCGCUGCUCGGAAUGUCAGUCGGACUCCAGCGAACUUCCUGUCCUGUCGCAGAUUCCAGUCAGCUCAGCGACGACUGUACUCCACUGAACCUAAAGAUGGUCAAGGAGGACCUGCAGGAGGAGGAGGAGGAGCAGGAGGAGGAAAAUCAUCAGGUGGAGGGAAGAAAGGAGGAAAAGACUGGUGGAACCGAAUGCAAAAGGGUGACUUCCCCUGGGAUGAGAAGGACUUCCGCUACUUGGCGAUCACUGCAACCGGAGUCAGUUCAGCUCUGCUCUACUUCUACUUCAGAGACAACGGCAGAGAGAUCAGCUGGAAGGACUUCGUCCACCGCUUCGUGGGCAGAGGAAUGGUGGAGCGGUUGGAGGUCGUAAACAAACAAUAUGUCAGAGUCAUCCUGGUGCCGGGAGCCGACGCUGAUGCGAGCUACGUUUGGUUCAACAUCGGCAGCGUCGACACGUUUGAGAGGAACCUGGAGGCGGCGCACAUGGAGCUCGGCCUGGAGUCGUCACGCCGCCCUGCCGUCGUCUACAGCACCGAGAGCGACGGCUCCUUUCUGAUGAGCAUGAUACCCACCCUGCUGCUGAUUGGCUUCCUGCUCUUCACCCUGCGGCGAGGACCAAUGGGAGGAGGCCCCGGUGGCGGAAGGGGCGGGCCCUUCAGCAUGAGCGAGUCAACGGCGAAGAUGAUGAAGGACAACAUCGAUGUGAAGUUCAAGGAUGUGGCCGGCUGCGAGGAGGCCAAGCUGGAGAUCCUGGAGUUCGUCAACUUCCUGAAGAACCCACAACAGUACCAAGACCUCGGGGCCAAGAUCCCCAAGGGUGCCGUGCUGUCCGGACCUCCUGGGACGGGGAAGACUCUGCUGGCUAAAGCCACCGCCGGCGAGGCCAACGUCCCAUUCAUCACCGUCAACGGCUCCGAGUUCCUGGAGAUGUUUGUGGGCGUCGGUCCUGCCAGGGUGAGGGACAUGUUCUCCAUGGCGAGGAAGAACGCCCCCUGCAUCCUCUUCAUCGAUGAGAUCGACGCUGUAGGGAGGAAGAGGGGAGGAGGGAACUUUGGCGGUCAGAGUGAACAGGAGAACACCCUGAACCAGCUGCUGGUGGAGAUGGACGGUUUUAACACGGCGACUAACGUGGUGGUUCUGGCCGGAACCAACAGACCCGACAUCCUGGAUCCUGCUCUUAUGAGACCGGGACGCUUCGACAGACAGAUCUAUAUAGGUCCUCCAGACAUUAAGGGCAGAGCUUCCAUCUUUAAAGUCCACCUGCGACCGAUCAAACUGGACCCCAAGAUGGACAAAGACCAUCUCGCCAGGAAGAUGGCUGCUGCCACGCCGGGAUUCACCGGAGCCGACAUCGCUAACGUCUGCAACGAGGCGGCGCUGAUCGCUGCCAGGCAUCUGAACACGUCCGUCAACGCCAAACACUUCGAACAGGCCAUCGACCGCGUCAUCGGAGGUCUGGAGAAGAAGACUCAGGUCCUGCAGCCCACAGAGAAGAAGACAGUAGCGUACCACGAGGCGGGUCACGCCAUCGUGGGCUGGUUCUUGGAGCACGCCGACCCGCUGCUGAAGGUGUCGAUCAUCCCGCGGGGGAAGGGUCUGGGUUACGCUCAGUACCUGCCCAGAGAGCAGUACCUGUACAGCCGAGAGCAGCUGUUCGACAGGAUGUGCAUGAUGCUGGGGGGCCGUGUGGCCGAGCAGGUCUUCUUUGGCAAAAUCACCACCGGAGCUCAGGACGACCUGAAGAAGAUCACGCAGUCCGCCUACGCUCAGAUUGUGCAGUUUGGGAUGAGUGAUAAGGUGGGGCAGGUGUCGUUCGACCUGCCGCGGCAGGGUGAGAUGGUCCUGGAGAAGCCGUAUAGCGAAGCGACGGCCGAGUUGAUCGACUCGGAGGUCCGGGAGCUGGUGGAGCGAGCGUACCAGAGAACGCUGGAGCUCAUCGAGGACAAGAAGGAGCUGGUGGAGUUGGUGGGGAAGCGUCUCCUGGAGAGGGAGGUCCUGGACAAGGCGGACAUGUUGGAGCUGCUGGGCCCGCGGCCGUUCGAGGAGAAGUCGACGUACGAGGAGUUUGUGGAGGGGACGGGCAGCUUUGAGGAGGACACGAGUCUGCCGGAGGGCCUCAAAGACUGGAACGUGGAGAGAGGAGGAGGAGGAGAGGAGGCCGAGGAGACGAGCCCGACUCAGGACAAACAGCAGGCCGUGUAGAGCCGGAAACUCAGAUAAGGACAAACAAACUCUUCACAUCCCAGCUGCAAAAACCUCAACGCUGACUCAGUUUCACAGAGCCUGGGAGGUAGAGUUCGUAAUUCAGGCCCUCAAUUUACUUUGUGUCCCCUCAGAUCAAUAAUUCAGACACUUGAAUGACUAAAUUCAUUACAGCAAGUUCUCAGUUUCAUCGUCUGUCCCAUCAACAUUCACUAGGAACCUCGACGUGGAUGUAUUUCAGGAUUUGUCUGUUUAAAGGUUUCUGAAGGAAAGGGGGCAAAUUGAGUAAUUUAAGAGCACAAAUUAUUAAUUCAAGGAACCCAAAUAAAAGUCUAUAAAUUACUUAUUUGAGGGUCAAAAAAGCUCUUCCUGAGAACCACCGGGCUCUGUGUGAAAAUGUAGAAUCAACUUUAACGUCAAUGAGGCUGCGAUCAGUUUGUUUUUCCACCGUUCGGACAGGAAGACGCUCCAAAUGGCCUUAACACUGAUCGAACAGGAGACUGAGUCCUGAACUGAUGAUGCACAUUUUUCUCUUUAUUUAUUGCGUUAAAAAGGGAGUUUUGCUUCCCGACUGACAUCCAGCUGACGAGGAAGAAGAAAAAACUUUUCUGCAACCAAAUUUAAAACAUUUUUAAAUAUUUUGAGAAUUGAUUUGAAGCUAUUUUGUUUCCUGCAGGAUUUUUUUUUUUUUUUUUUUUACAACAUUUCAUGGACGUUUUCUUUUAUUAACCGAUAACACGGACAUGUUUCACCCUGCUCAGUGUUCAUGUCGGUAUAUAAAAAAAACACAGCUGUCCGUUUGAGUUUCUUUUAUACAAACAGCUCGAUGCUGUGAAUACGUAGAGAUGAUUGUGUAGAUGUUUUGUGCUGCUACAUCAUCAGCUGACAGCUGACUGAUGGGGAAACUUAAAUAAUAGUUGAUAUUAAUAAUUGAAGGAUUUCUGCUGAUUUAAAGGAGAAAUCCUCCUCAAACCUCAAAAGAAAAAAGCAAUUAAUGACUUCAUUUUUCGGGUUACUUGAAUGCUUUUAAUGUUUUUAAUCAUCAGCUCCCCUGAAGAGAGUAAAACCAAUUAAAUUAAUGUAUAACCUCAGCCUGAUUAUUGUGAUUAUUAUUAUUAGCCAGAGACGAUUAUCAUCCAAAAACGCAUAAGAGACGUACUGUUGAAUUUGGUGGCAGCUCACCUUUAUUACAGCAGAGUUUAUCUCCUAAAAUAAUAAAGAAAAUAUAGCAGCAUGUCCUGAUAUGUGAAGUUGAGUUAUUGUGUCUUUAGUCCUUGAAACACCUCCGUCUCGUUCUUUUGGGUUAAAAUGUGAAUCGCCACCUGCGUAGCAGAAUUUAAUGUUAAUUUAAAACUGUGAAAAUUAGUCAAAUAUAAGGUUUCUGAUUAAAAUCAAGACGUAUAAACUCUUUGAUCAAAUUUAAAACCUCUUUCUAAAAUUACAGACAGUUGAAGACGCUGUUAAAUCUUAAAUUAAAGCACGACUCGCUUGGUCCCACAUGAAUAAGACAUAAAUUAAUAUACAUUUUAAUAUUAAUUCAUACAGUCCAGUAUGUAAGAUGUAGCUGCAAGUAUUUAUUAUUUUCGUCUGAUUUAUGGCUUAUAAUUUGCAAAAACAUGUAUUUAAGAUUUACUUUUAAAAGCCAUUUAGAUUUUAAACCAAAUUUUGUCACAAGAGGAAACCUAAAGGAUUUCUUUCCAGAUCAACACUAGACCAAGAAACUAAAUUUAAAACCUUAUUUUAGACUCUCCAGGUCUUGCAGAAACAUUAAUAAUAUUGCAUAGUAUUAAUAAUUCAGACGCUGAACUAGACAUCAGUAACCCCGCAGUAAAAGUAACUGAGACCGAAAUCUAAAUGACAGAAGUGAUCAAUAACAGCAUCUACAGGUGGAUUUUGUUCUUAUCACAUUAUUGUUAUUGUCCAGCAGGUGGCGCCGUCACUGCGACAGAACCUGAUGUUUACAGCAGGAGGGUUCGACUGACAAGUUGAUGUUAAAAAGCUGCCAAAUCUGAAUGAACUUCAGUCUCGACUGUCUGUUUGUUGCCUCCCGUUACUUGUGCGAGUUUGACCGCUGAUAUUUGCGUUCCUUCGCAUCACUCGCGCUAGGCACACAGAGAGGAGGAGGAUGGGCUUAUCUCAACUGUGGCCGAAAUAACCGCUGUUGCUGCUUUUUACACGUUGAACUCCCAGAUAUGUCGAAAAAACAACUGCCAUCUUGUCUGGGUUCAUAACAUCCUCCGGCGGCGCUCAGUGAAUUUUACCGAGCUGUAUUCACCGUAUCUAGCAAGCCACACGUCGGCUGAUUUACUGUGGUUUACUACUGCGGUAUGAACCCAAAAUAAACAGAUUGUGCUGUUAUUUAAAUGCAAUAAAUGGAUAUAAAUGAUGCCGAUAUAACUACA